AUGGUCAAAACCGACAGGGAUCAGAACCCCCUAGAUCCCAAUUACCAGAAGCGCCGCAGCUCUCUUGGGAGCAUGGAGCAUCAAGAGAAAGACCAAUCUGAUGCCAAAAAUAAGGAUAUCAUGGUUGACAGAGACGUUGCCCCAUCUUCCCGCGCAAUGUGCUCGGAGCUUGCACACCAACAUGCCAUGGAAGAUUUGAAUCAGAGCACAGGGCACCGCUCUUCGCAGGAGGUAGAUCACAAUUCAUUCCUCUCUGAUCUAAGUGUCGACCGUGGGCUGCAAGCACAUCCCGAACAACUUGAAGAGUAA